AUGCAAAAUUUUCAUUAUCUGCCAGUACUCGAUGAGCUUGCCCAUGUCACAUUCACAACAAGCCCUAAGCCUGGUGAUGAAACCUUCAAUAGAGUGUACAAUUACAUUAUGAAGGAUCUCAAUUAUAGUGGGCCACUUGGCCUUAGUUGCAAUAAUACAAAGCUGCUUAGUAUGCUGUGCAUAUACUUGGAUGUGCAAGCUGAGUGCUUCUUCUUGGUUGGCCAUACUGGUGAGCUGAUCCCUAUUGCUGACACUGCUGAACUUGAAGCAUUGCUAAAGUCCAAAAUGCUGGAAAAAGUGACCAAGGUCCAUGUCUGGUAUGUUCAAAUACUGAUGCCCAAAGCUAGCUUGAUUGUCACAUAUGUCACAGCCAUACCAAAUUCUCUCUCUGCCAAAAACCUUCAAAUUUACUCAGACAGAAUCAUUUGUGGUCUUGUGUAUUGUGGCCUCAAAAUCAUCACAUAUGCCUAUGAUGGUAUGGAGACCAAGCACAAGAUACAAUGUUGCUUGAUUAGAGACUCGCCUUCCCAUGUUACAUAUACUAUUACACACUCUGUCUUAGCUCUUCACCUUCAGGCAAUAUCUGUCAUCAUUGCAACAAAGGAGGGCCAGCCAAUUAUUAUGAUACAGGAUUCCAAGCAUGCUCUCAAAACCAUGUGCAACAAUAAUUUCUCAGAAGUGAAGGUUCUCACAUUGGGGAAGUACACUGCAAAGUACUUGGAUGCACCAUGUUGUUUAUUCUCAGCAUCAUCCCUUGAGUAUUUGUCAACCCACUUCCCUGACCAUAUAGGUGAGAUCAUCUAUCUCUUCAUAUUUGGAGAGCUGAUAAAUGCCUACCAGAAUCAUAGCAUCAGUCAUAUCACUCACAUCAAGAUGGUCUUGUAUAUGAGUUAUUUUGUGGACAUCUGGAGCUUAUUUAUUGACCAGGUCAGAUAUGUCAAAUCCAAGCAUUUCAUCUCCUAUGAGGCCACCAAUAUUAUCUGCAUCAUUAUUGAGGGGCUCCUUGGCCUCAUCUUUAUGCAUUCCAGCGAAGUCUGCAAGCAUGUAUUUAUGGAGUGCCGGAAACUAGUCAAGGAUUUUGCAUUUACAGACCUGAUACACAUGAUGCCCCAUCUACAUAUCAAGUCAAUCGCUCAAGAUGCCUGGGAGGAAGCUACAAAUCUGUUCAGUAUCCUCAAGGUCUUACUGUCUAACUUCCUUUUGGCUUCCACUUCCCAUCCAACCCUUCUAAGAUUGGAUCCAGUGGUGGACACCAACUUGAGCAAUGUUAAUGUCUCCGAUGAUGAAAGAGAAGAGAGUGAUAGUGACAUGGGUGAUGCUGAUAAACUGGAUGAGUUGGUCAAAGCAUUACCUGAUUCAGGCAUCUGUAGGCAUGCAGUAGACAAGUGUUUGUUUAACUUAGAGUGCACUGCCGUUGCUGUGAACCUAGAAGACCUGGUUCAUUUGAAAAUUGGAAGCAGUCUCAAGUGUAAGGAAAAGUGGAAGGCUUCAGCAUCCAGAGGUCUCUUAAGCGGGAACUUGGCAAAUGUGGCACUUGCAGCUGCUCAAUGUGCAGAAGUAGGAAAGGUUUCCAGAGAGCACAGAUUGCCCUCCACUCUGGUCACAAUAUUAAGAGGUACCAUGAUUGGCAUAGAGACCAUGGCACCUGGAUGA